UUUUUUGGCUGCAGCUUUGAAUGCUAAUUUUUUCAUGGUGUAGAAUCAUGGGCAUGAAAACCUGGCGAUGGUGCUGACUGCGGCUGUGCGCUGCAGACAUGGGUGCGUGCAACUGUUCCGGUGAGUCUGGCAAAUGUGGCGCUGGGAAACCGCCUGUGGUGACUUUAGUUCCUGGAGAGGAUGGUGCCACCAGCAGCAAGCCUUCGAAGGCUCGCCAGGACCCAGGCCCGACAAUGCCCAAGGCUGCUUCCUCUCUUCCGGUUCCAUUAAGCCGAUCUGGAGAGAAGGCAAGUGGCGCCCCACAGGACACAGAUGGAUCUGUUCUGGAGGAUGUCAGAAGACAGCUUGAGGACGGUUCAGUCUAUGUGGGACAGUGCCGAGAUAGCCUCUUCAAUGGAGAGGGCACCUUGACCAUGCCAGACGGUGCUGUUUACGAGGGCCAGUUCAAGAAUGGAAAAAAACAUGGGGUUGCGAAGUAUACCUACGCGAAUGGUGCCGUCUAUGAAGGCGAGUACAAAGAGGACAUGAAGGAUGGUAAGGGCAGACUUAUUUGCGAUGGCAUUGGAACUCUCGCCGAGGCCUCCACCUAUGAGGGUGACUGGUCGAAUGACCUGCAGGAUGGCCAGGGCAUUGAGCGGUGGGGUGAUGGAUCAAUUUUCACUGGAUCUUUCAAAGAUGGCAGGAAGCACGGCCAUGGAAAGUUUAUGUGGGGUGAAGGUUGCAUGUACGAGGGAAACUUUGCGAACAACGACAUGCAUGGAGAAGGCCGAUAUGUAUGGGCUGAUGGCCGCCAGUUCAAUGGUGACUGGAUAGAAAAUCAAAUGCAUGGGGCAGGAACCAUGAGAUGGCCUGAUGGGAGGAUUUUUGAGGGUGAGUUCAGCCAUGGCAAGAAGGAAGGUGAGGGAACCCUCACCUGGCCGGACGGCCGGACUUACGAAGGCCAGUGGGCCAACGGAAAGCAGCAUGGCAUGGGUGUGGUGACAACUUCCAAGGGAACAGGGCGAAAGAGCUACUGGAAGGACGGCAAGUUUGUCAACUGGGUCAACACCAACUGAACUGGCAAAGAAGCUUUGCAGCAAGGUUGGAGGUUGUCCCUACCAGCCAAGCUGAUUCGCCGACCAGACGGUCCUUUGUGAGCAAAGAACUCUCGACUACAGUAAAUCUUGAGGCCAACCAUCUCAAGGCCAAUCUUGAGGCCAAUCUUGUGAACGCAUCGACAAGACUUUUUUCUUUCUUUCGGUGCCUCACAUUUAUAAAACACAAGUCGGCCGCUGUUGGCCUGCCGGAAAUUCUGUGGAACGUCGAACAAAAUGGCAGACGCCUUCCAAGCUAGUGAAAGGCACACGCAGAGAGCGCAGCCUGUGCGCAGUCUUCAGCCAGUAUUCUUCCUGCCAGAGCUCAAAGAGGUUAUAUAAAGACCUGAUUGAUG